AUGCUCCCUCCCCAUCCCUUCCCUCCCCAUCCCCGCCUCCCCAUCCCUUCCCUCCCCAUCCCUCACCUCCCAGUCUCUCAUCUUACCAUACCUCUUCUCCCCAUCCCUCACCUCCCCAUCCCUCACCUCCCCAUCCCUCACCUCCCCAUUCCUCACCUCCCCAUCCCUCACCUCCCCAUCCCUUCCCUCCCCAUCCCUCAUCUCCCCAUCCCUUCCCUUUCCAUCCCUCACCUCCCCAUCCCUCACCUCCCCAUCCCUCACCUCCCCAUCCCCGCCUCCCCAUCCCAUCCCUUCCCCAUCCCUCACCUCCCCAUCCCCGCCUCCCCAUCCCUUCCCUCCCCAUCCCUCACCUCCCAGUCUCUCAUCUUACCAUACCACUUCUCCCCAUCCCUCACCUCCCAGUCUCUCAUCUUACCAUACCUCUUCUCCCCAUCCCUCAUCUACUCAUCCCUCACCUCCCCAUCCCUCACCUCCCCAUCUCUCACCUCCCCAUCCCCCAUCUCCCCAUACCUCACCACCUGCCUCUCGCCUUCUCUCAUUCCCCUUCGUCGCCUAUGCUCCCUCCCCAUCCCUUCCCUCCCCAUCCCUCAUCUCCCCAUCCCUUCCCUCCCCAUCCCUUCCCUCCCCAUCCCUUCCCUCCCCAUCCCCUCCUCACCCCAUCUCCUUUCCUCCCAUACUCACUUCCUUCCACCCUUCCUCCUUCUUUUCCCCCCUAACCCCCUUCCACCCACCUCCCCGUCCUCCCUACAGCCCUUCCUCCCUUCAUCACUUCCUCCAUUCCUCCAUUUUAUCCCUUCAUCAACUCCCCCCUUCUGCCCUUCUCCCAUCUCCCCUUCCUCCUCACAUCCCUUUCGGUUCAGCUGUCUCUCCCGUCCUCCUUACUCCCUUCAUGAGGUCCACUAUUCAUCUAGUUGUGAUGUGUUGGAUGUUGGACAGUAA